AUAUAGAAUCCCAACUCAACUCGUAUGGAUUAUCGUACCGACACUCUCUGGGCCCCACCUACCCUCCAUCCAACAGCUCUCCCUCCUCCUCCCCCUCAAAUCUAAAUCCCCACCUUCCACUCAGAUCCAAGCAACCUCCUCUCUACACACACUACACACACACUACCACUACCUUAUCAGUUAUCCCCCCAGAUUCACAAACAAAGACUACAUUUUUAAUUUUGAAAUUGAAAUGGUGGAAGCCCAGUCAUGGACGACUCGCAGGGGCAGCAACCCCCGCUUCGAGCCUCCCACCCCCGACCAAGUCGUCGACAUCCCCACAACCCCCACCGCCGAGAUCCGGCAGCAGCAAUACCUGAUCUCCCCCUCCGUCAUCACCGCCUCCGCCGUGGCCGCCUGGUACCUCUCCAACAUCGGCGUCCUCCUCCUCAACAAAUACCUUCUCAGCUUCCACGGCUUCCGCUACCCCAUCUUCCUGACCAUGCUCCACAUGCUCUCCUGCGCCGCCUACUCCCUCCUCGCCAUCAAGUGGCUCCACCUGGUCCCCUUCCAGCACAUCCACAGCCGCCGCCAGUUCCUCAAGAUCCUCGCCCUCUCCGCCAUCUUCUCCUUCUCCGUCGUCUGCGGCAACACCUCCCUCCGCUACCUCCCCGUCUCCUUCAACCAGGCCAUCGGCGCCACCACCCCCUUCUUCACCGCCAUCUUCGCCUUCCUCAUCACCUGCCACAAAGAGUCCGCCGAGGUCUACCUCGCCCUCGUCCCCGUCGUCCUCGGCAUCGUCCUCGCCAGCAACAGCGAGCCCCUCUUCCACCUCUUCGGCUUCCUCAUGUGCGUCGGCUCCACCGCCGGCCGAGCCCUCAAAUCAGUCGUCCAAGGCCUCCUCCUCACAUCCGAAGGCGAGAAGCUCCACUCCAUGAAUCUACUCCUCUACAUGGCCCCCAUGGCCGCCGCGAUUUUGCUGCCCUUCACAUUGUACAUAGAAGGGAAUGUGCUCGCAAUCACUGUACAGAAAGGGAGAGAAGACGGAUUCAUGGUGUUCCUCCUCAUCGCCAAUGCCACCGUCGCCUAUUUAGUCAAUUUGACCAAUUUCUUGGUCACCAAAUACACGAGCGCGCUGACGCUGCAGGUGCUGGGGAACGCGAAGGCGGCGGUGGCCGCCGUCGUGUCGGUGCUGAUUUUUAGGAAUCCGGUGACGGUGAUGGGGAUGAUGGGGUUCGCAAUCACGAUAAUGGGAGUGAUUCUUUACAGCGAGGCAAGGAAGAGAUCCAAAAUUACAGCUCAUUGACAGCUGUAAAUUAGAGAUGAGAUUCAUUAUAAUGGCAUGCUUACUUUUUUCAAUUCUUUUGGAUUGAUGAUUUUUGUUUUGGAAUUCAUACAUUAGAUUGAAUUAAUCGUCAUUGGGUUUGGUUAUUUAUUGCUGUUGUAUAGGAAAAGAAUUCCGUUUUUUUGCUCUGCUUUUUGUAUACUGAUUUUUAGUAUAAUGUAAAUGGCGAGGGGCUAAGAGAAUAAAGAUGUCUCUUUUACUUUUCCCUUUGCUAUCAAUUUGUAUC